AUGGACCACUUUCCAGGAACCUGGGGCCGGCCCAGGAACGAUGUCUACGGAGCUUACGACCCUUCAUAUCUCCAGAGCACGGGCCCCAAAACACAUACCACCUCGCCGGCCGUGACCGGUACGUCGGUCGUGGGUGUGAAGUUUAACGGCGGUGUCGCCUUGGCCACCGAUAACCUGGCCUCCUAUGGAUCCCUUGCCCGCUUCACAGACACCAAGCGUCUGCGCGUGUUCGGCGACCAGGCCGUGGUCGGAUUCGGCGGCGACGUGUCGGACAUGCAAUACCUUGACCGACUCCUCGAAUCGAUCGAUAUCCGCGAGAACUACUCUUCCCACGGCAACAUGCUCAAUGCCAAGAAUCUGCACACCUACCUCGCCAAGGUCUUCUACAAGCGACGCUCCGAGUUCAACCCCCUGUGGAACCACGUGCUGGUAGCCGGCUUCGACGGCGAGGGCAAGCCGUUCCUCAGCUCUGCGGAUCUGCUGGGCACCACGUUCUCUGCGCCGCACUUGGCGACUGGAUUCGGUGCUCACUUGGCAGUUCCGAUUCUGCGUCGGUUGUUCCCCGAGGAGAAGCCGAUUGAGGAGAUUAGCCGGGAGGAGGCGGUGGAUGCGUUGAAGCAGUGUUUGAAGGUUCUGUUCUACCGUGAUGCGCGGAGUCUGGAUAAGUACUCGAUAGCGGUCAUUACUAAGGAGGGUAUUGACUUGAAGGAGGAUGAACAACUGGAGGGACAGAGCUGGGCGUUUGCCGAGAGGAUCAAGGGAUACGGAGCUCAGACGGUUUAG